AUGGCGGAUGAAGCUGGCUUCCCCUGGCAGGCUCCCUCAAGAGAUCCCGAAAAAGAGACGGUUGUAAAGGCAGUCCAGCCGGUCAACAAUGUGCGACCAGAUGAAACGAAAGGAGACGAGGCACCCGCUUCGCCUGUUAAGAUCACCACCACACAGCAGAACAUCCAGCCUCGCAAGCACAACAACUCGUUACGCGGGAGACCUCACAGUGGCUCAGUCAAAGGUCCUCCGAGAGUAAACCAUCCCAUUCUCAAUGCGUCGGCCGAUCCCAUCACCUCCAAGCCCACCUCCCCUCUCCCAGUCCGAACGAUUCCGCCCUGGGUAAGAGACGCUGAAGAAGGCGACCUCGAUGACCCUCAAUUCCUCGUUCCGGACGCUCCGCAUUCGGCCCUUGUUGCGCAACAUCAUUACAGCCCCUCUACCUCCAGACGACCGCUAUUAGGCGACCAGCACCACCAUACAGAUGGACUCUACACGCAUUCAAAUCGUGCAACACCUUCACAGCCCUCCAGAUGGAUAUCCUUUGCCCAGCCUAGCGCCUAUGCGCAGGAGAACUUCGACGGCGAAAAGGUGGACCAGGAAUGGCUGAAUCGGAAUAUGACCGACUAUUCGAAGGCGUGGUUGGCCGAUCACGAUGACGACGACGUGGAGGACAGCAGCAGUCGAUACCGCGCUUUUCGUCGGAAGAGGAAAGUUUGGUACAAGCGCGCCCAGUUCACUGUCCUACGGAACCCUUUCAUCCCUCUGAUCUUCCGUAUGAUCGUGCUGGUCUUUGCCAUUGCCGCCAUGGCUCUGGGUGCCUCAAUAUACCAUGAAACUGGUAAGAUCGCCAGAUGCAUCGCGCAACCACCAGGACGGCGCAGCCCGGAUUGUCUCGAGCGCAUCGGGCCUACGGCCACGGACUACUACCGCGACCCCUCCGGCUUGAUGGCCAUAAUUGUCGAUUCCAUCGCGAUAGUGUACACCGUCUACAUCACCUACGAUGAAUACUUCUCGAAACCUCUGGGACUCCGACCUGCCAGGGCAAAAGUACGACUGGUGCUACUGGACUUGUUCUUUGUGGUGUUUCAGUCUGCCAAUCUUGCCCUGAGUUUCGAAUCUCUGACAGUAGAUGAAGGGGCCUGUAAGGCUCCUACACAACCAACGACAGCUGGCAGGUUCGAUAAAGUCUGCGACAGGGCCGAGUCAUUGAGCUCGGUCUUGUUGGUGUCACUUACUGCGUGGCUGCUGACAUUUUCUGUUAGCGUGUUGAGGUAA